AUAAGACAAUGUCGAUGGGGGAAGCAGGCUCAAUCCAGGUGGAAGGAGACAGGGGCCGGCUCCAAUCCUUCCACGAGCAAAGUAUCAGCGUGAUGAAUGCAAUGAUGUCACGUGAGUGGGAUGGGAACGAUGAGGAUGAUGACGAGGCAGAGGGGCAGGGCUCCAUGAUGGGGGCUAUAUUCAUCCUGAUGAACGCUAUCAUGGGGGCAAGUAUUCUUAUCUUACCCUGCUCUUUCGGACAAAUCGGUAUUGUAACAGCGGUUAUAAUGGAACUGUUUGUGGUGUUUAUAGGGUAUAUUUCCCAUAUGGUGUUAGCUGACGCGGUGGAUAAAUACAACGGAUCCAACUACCAGGAUUUAGUGGGGAGAAUGUGCGGACCUACUGUUCAGCUUCUCUCCCAGUUCGGUCUGAUCCUCUACUUCUUCACCCUGUCAUGUGCUACUCACAUCACUAUGGGGGACCAGGCGGUUAAGAUAUGUGAGCUAGCUGAUGGAGUUGAUCCUGAUACGGAGGUGGAACAUAGUUGGUAUUGUAAGAGGGAUUUUCUGAUUCCUGUGGGUAGUAUGACGCUGAUAUUCCCGCUGAUUUGGGUGAGAAAUAUCAGCAGUUUCGGCUAUGUGAGUGUGUUCUCUGUCUUCGCGGUGUUUUACAUUGUGGCUGCCAUCAUCAUAGACUACUACAAAUUAGCGCUUGAUGUCCCUGAAGAAAUCUGGAUGCCGGACAUCGGCAUCCUUCCCAUCAUGCAGUACCUCCCAGUAUUCACCUUAGGAUUCCAAUGUCACAUGACCAGCGUGCCGCUGUACUACGAGCUUCACCAGCGCUCAGUUGCAAAGUACACUGUCGUGAUCCUGGUAACCAGUUGUCUAGUUUUUGUGAGCUACAUGUUGGCAGGAGUGUUUGGUUUAAUGACCUUUGGUUCUAAAGUUAAUCCUGAUGUCCUCCUGGAUUACUCCUCAAAGGACGGGCUGAUGACGAUCGCUCGUGGCGCCAUCUCUGUCAGCGUUAUCGGGAGUUACCCGAUAUUUGUGUUCCUGGGACGCGGUGCUAUUGACGACACCAUCGUGCAGAUUGCUGAAAAGUUCAGCGUGCAACUGGAGAGGAACUCAGAAAAGCGGCGUGUGAUAACUCUUCUAUUGUGGCAUGGGCUUGCACUAGCCAUUGCGUGCGUCACCUCGUCCUUUGGCAUCGUCCUCUCCUUCGUUGGAAGCAUCGCGGCGCUUUUCAUGUUGUUUUUCCCGGGCUACAUGUUGUGGAUUGAGAGCCGGAGUGGUAACUGGGGGUACAAGGUUACCGGCUCUAUUCUAAUGUUCUUGGGAGGAUUUACUUUUGUCUGGACUAUUGUUUUUAAUGUUUACCAGAUCGCUGCCGGCCAGAGCUGAGUAGAAUCUGAGAUAACAUUACAUACAUUCUAAUAACUGUUAUAUAUUUGUGGAGUUGAAGAUGAUUAUUGAUUAAAGGAGAAGAAGGUCUCUAGAGUAAAAUUAAAACAUUUUUUAAAGAACGACUUGAAAUAACCUUUAUUGUAUGACUGCAUUUUGUUUAUUAUUGAUUAUUCAGUUUAUAAUG